AGUUAAACUAUUUAUCAGUAAGUAUUUGAUUACUAAUGAAGUCAUUGAAUAACAGUUUUGCCGCAAAACACGUGAUUUCAUAAUACAAAUCAAUGAAUACAUUGAAUGCAGUGUUUGUUUUGCAUAUGAUUUAUAUGAUCACAGAAGUGGUCGACAACUGAUCCAAACAAAAUCAGAUUUCGGGUCAACACAUCUGGUCAGUGGACAGUUCAUCGGUGGUGUACAAAAUGGCCGUAAUAUUGAACGCUUAUUACCAGAAAUUGAUUGACUUUGGGUACAUAAUAAUGCCGAAAGUGGACGAACUGUGUGGGGGUUGGCUGUCGGCCAGGAUUUGGACUUUUUAUGAGACAAAUACACAUCAUUUUCGGCAAUUUGAUCGCAAGAGUCGACUAAAGCGAAAACUAACCAGUUGUCUGACCAAAUACUUUACCAUCAAUGACCUCAAGUUUGAAAACCUCUACAUCAGCGGCUCGACGGUCAACGGAUUUGCCACCAAUGACUCGGACAUUGAUCUGUGUUUUGUUGUCCACAACUUUUUCUAUAAAGACUUUUCAAAGUCCAAGAAAGUUGACAUCUUGUCGACCAUCGAGAGUAUUGUGAGCAACGAGUUUGAAGUGGUCGACAGCCAAGUAAUUGAGGCCAGAGUACCGAUUUUGCGGUACACCGAUCGGCUAACGGGUAUUCGGGUUGAGAUUAACAUCAAUAAUGAAAUCGGAAUCAGAAACUCAAGACUACUCUACUGUUACUCAAAACUUGACUGGCGUGUCGUUCCUAUCUGUAUAUCCAUCAAACAGUGGGCAAAACACUAUCAGAUUAUCGACUCGUUUAGCGGCUGUCUGUCGAGCUAUUGUGUGGAACUGAUGGCAAUAUUCUAUCUCCAGAUUUGUUCGCCACCACUAUUGCCAUGUCUUCAGAAAACAGAUGUACAGAUGUUUGCCACAAACACAGACAUCUCUGAAUACCGAUUACUACCCGAUUUGGAACAAUUGAAUCCAUUUAAGAGUGAAAACCAACAAUCUUUAGGUCAAUUAUUUGUCGGCUUUUUUAAGUAUUACAGUUUAGAUUUUGAUUUCUCAACACAAGUGGCUUCUGUACGGUUGGGUCGAACCAUCUCUAAAGCCAGUUAUGUACCACCACUGGAUCAAUAUCUUUGGGAAUACAUUGCUGUAGAAGAACCAUUCAGUUUAGAUAACUCCGCCCGAACUCUAUAUGAAUUGAAACCCUUCCUUAUGGUUACCAAUGAAUUCAAGAAAAUGUAUGAAAAAUUCAAGGAUUUGCACUGUGAUUGUGGUUGUGAUUACUAAAUCAUAUUUUUGUCUUAAGUUAUAUAGUCUUUU